AUGGUUUCACAUGAUCGGAAUGUACAGGCUCUCAUGGAUGCAAGAUGCCUUGCGUGGGGGGUUAUAUAUGAGAUUGCACGUGGAGUGACUCGAGGAGCCUGGAAAUGGAGCGACGUUACACCCGAAAAAUUGGAUCGCCUUAAAGGUACCAAUGUCCAGUCGGCAUAUAAAGUGAAUACGAUCAUUGGUGACAAACCAGUUCCCAUUCAACCUCCCGCUUCGGAUGUUUGGGCUGAAUACGAUCGCGAAGAAAAGGCUAUUAAAGAAAACCUCACUCGUGGGCUAGGUUUAAUGGGAGAAUGGGAAGGGCAGCGGAAUUGGUAUGGGGGCUCUAUACAACAACGGGUCAGGCUCGUCAAAAACCCAACCUCAAGCCGAUUAGCAUACUCAUUCCAACUUGAGAAACCUGAAAUCAGGAGGUCCAACCGGUUUUCGAGGUUUCUCGGUUCUCGGAGGAUGCUGCAGCUCUCCGUUCCUGAUGAUCUCCUGCUUCGCGAAGGGGACCAGCUCAGAGGGUUCCUAUCUGGAGUAAAGCUGGUAUUAUGUGGCAGGAUAUAUGUCCCCUUUCAUGCGAAGGACAACAGCUUGUAUAUGAUGGAAUCUGAUGAGGACUAUCAACGUAAACCCCUCCCGUUUUACGGUGAUGAGCACCGCCUCUCGUUUGCAGAAUUCGUGAAAUGGCAUAAUCCUUUGUCGCUAAAUAGCAACCAGCCCAUCAGUAAAUGGUCUACGCGCUGGGCGCUUGGACUAUCGACCUCGGUCCCUGUGUUGGAGUUUGCUCCUGAAGAUAUAUUUUCUAUCGACGACAAAAGUUCUCAAGGAAAGCCUCCCGCAGCGAAAUGCAUGACAGAUGGGUGUGGGUUCAUCAAUGGUGCUGGGCUGACCCAGAUAAUGCGCAUAAUGGAAUAUCCGAAUCGUCCAACCGCUGUGCAGGGGCGUAUCGCCGGUUCGAAGGGGAUGUGGGUUUUACAUCCUGAUCCUAGUGAGCAGUUCGCUGAUGGUCCGCCAAAAAUCUGGAUUCGGCCAUCUCAAGACAAAAUCAAGCUGCCACCUUUAGCACUAGUCGACAGAGCACAUCUGAUAUUCGAUUUGCUUGCUCCUUCUCGCACCACCAUUCCAAGCCGUAUCUCCGCUCAGACCAUAGUCAAUCUUUCUUUCAAUGGUGUGCCUAAUGAAGUAAUCACAAGUUUGAUGAAGGAAGGACUUGGCGAGGAAGUCAAGUCAUUGACGGAAUGGAAUGGUCCGGACGCUAUGGUAUCCGUUUGGCGGGCUGUAGAGAGAGCAGGCCAUGUUGUGCACAGUAGGCUACGAAAGCGUGCUGCUGGCCAAGCUCGUGCUUUAGGUUUGGGGCGAGAUCGUUCGGAAAAAGAUGCUGAGCAGGAUAGCGAUGACGACUUUGGCAAGGAAGAAGCUAGUAGCCCGCUAUCACCAGGAUACGAUGGACAGCCAUCCAGCGUAUACGAGUCAGCGAUGACACUUAUUCAAGCAGGCUUCCAUCCUAUAAAUUUGCAGCCCCUCUUCGAUAAGCUGAAGAUUAUCCUGACCAUGGUCAUUAAUCAGUAUGUCUCCUCUUUCCAUAUGCCUGUUCAAGAAUCAGCAGAUGCAUAUAUUAUUCCUGAUCCAUUUGGAGUUCUAAAAGAAGGCGAAAUACAUUUCCGCUCAUCAGAAAGUCUCACAAACCCUGCAACAGGAGCGCAAUUUGAUACGGUCCGAGGUGAAGUACUGGUCACCGCCGUGAGCCACCCUAAACUCGAUAAUUAUUACGGGGUGAUCGUGUUCUCUACAAAAGGCGAUCGGUCUUUAGCAAGUUGGCUGGGCGGAGGCGAUACCGUGACCCUUAUAUGGUCAAAGCCGCUGGUGGAUAGCUUCAAGAACUCUCCUUUCACUGAAGAACUCGUUGGUCUGUUGAAUGCGUUCGAGAGUCACGUCGAGUCCGUUAUGGAUUUUGAUGAGCGCGUGGUUACGCUAUCAGCAGGCCAGGCGCAAAAGGAAUUCCAGACGAUCUUGCUUCUGGGAUUGGCAGAGACAAAAGUUGGUCUCUAUUCGAAAUUUCACGACCUCGCCGCUCACAAAUCAUGCAGGUUCACUACUUGUCUUGACUCGAGCAAGACAGGGCUACGCGUGAGGUCUGAAAUAUUCAAAAAGGAUCAUGGAGCGUAUGCUUCCAAGGCGGCGUAUUAUAUGAAGAAGGUCGAAACCUCUGACCGAUUCCUGGUCACCAACAAUACGACUUAUAUAACUAAACGACAUACGUCCGAGCCUUUUAUUUUGGAUGUCAUUGUUCACGAGGGUCUUAAACUGAGAGACACGCAUCUAAAUCAAUAUGAAAAACGUGGCGAAACUCUGAACAGGAAAUUGGAUAAAGACCUCUGUAAACCUUUCGAAGACGCCGAGAAAAGGGCGGUAAACGCAGAGAAGCAAGGUUUCCCAGGGCUUUCUCAUAACUUGCACGAAAUAAAGGAGCAUGUCGACGGGGUGGGGAUUUUUUGGAAAAGAAUUAGUGCACAGUCCGCUAGAGAACGGGAAGGGUCCCCAAGAAAGAAUUCCAAGCAUACAAGUUCUCAAGAAUCCAGCAAUGACAAUUACCGCAAGAUUGCGUCCGAGUUUGCCAAAGAACUUCCUUUCAAAAACGGCUGUCAUUUUUCCGAGGGCGAGAUUGAAAAAAUCAAAGCGUCGUAUCUAUAUGCCUGCACCCCCUAUAGCUCAUCUCCCAAGGCCGCAUUUGCUGCUGCCCAUGCGGAUUUGUGUAACAUCAAAGCUCAAGCAGCCAGGGGCAUCACAUUUACCCCGCAGUUUGCAGAGAGCUUUUCGAUCACCUCAUCUACUAUUCGAGUGCUUACCAUGCUACACAAUAGCGAGGAAUAG